AUGCCCCCACCUCAAAUGAUAUCCACUCAUGAUUAUUCGGCAAUAAUGAUGCAUGGACAGCUCUUAUACCAGUUAUUAACUUCUAAAAAAUUGCCACCUUUAACACCGUUAACUAACGAAGGAGAGCCGGAAUUUCGUGGCCUGGUUGGUGCUAUUUACAGAACGAAAGGACUCGGUUUAAAGUAUCCCACUUUCACACCGUUUUCUGGUGGAGAAAUUUAUCUCGUCGAUCGACCUAACGAAAGAAGCCGGAGAAACGACGAAACGCAUAUUGUGUUGCAGCGUUUAAUUUUUCAAUUAUUGGAACGAGCAUGCGAGACACCCACUGACAUUCAACGUUCUAAUUGGGCUCUUCCUUACGAAACAACCUGCAUCAAUCAGGAAAUCUUCCCGGAAGAACUCUACUUAAAUAUUAGAACGUUCUUUCUGAACUAUCUGGGUAUUGAGGAAGACGCCCUUGACAACAACUCGUGGUGUGAUGGAUUUUCUUCACUUCGAUGCCUCGCAUCGUGGGAGUCUCUACCUAUGAAGAAAAAGCGUUACAAAUCGCUUUCUCUUGCAAGAGCCGCAUUCAUGUCAACUCGUGGUUUUCAUUCUUGCUUACGAGAGGCUUUAAGAGAAAUAAAACGAGCGUCAUACGAACCGCCAUCAACAGGAGUUGGUUUCGGUAAAUGGACGUAUCGGAACAGGAAUUUCAGGCGACGCUCUCAACAGCAACUACAGUAA